UCCUGCACACACCGAGGCUCAAGUAGGCCGUGCACGUCGUCUCUUCCACGAAGUGAUGUCCAUCACGGGAAAAGCAGUAGCAUUGGCAUGCGGCGUGGCGGCGAGGUCCCCUGCGCAGUCAUGCACGGGAGUGGUGAGGCGGUGACGCGUAGGGAGUUGUCAAAUAGGGAGAAGGGUUUGCUGGUGAGUGCGUUGACGGCGGUGUGGAGGCAUAUGGAAUCCACGGCUGAGUUGCGGCGGCGUGCUUCGAUAUGUAGGCAGAAGAUGGAGGUGGCUAUGAAACAGGCAAUGGUGGAGCCAGCGACCUCCGGUGUUCUGUGGGACGCACCUUUCUUGAUGGCGAACACCAUCAUUGUCGGUGUUCUCCCACGUGAGAGUCCGCGUUGGUGGAUACGAAGAAGGACGGGAGGAAUGUGGGGGGACCUUUGCAUAUCAGACGACGCAACAUCGGAGUACUUCCAUGAGAAGUUGAGGAUGAGCAAGGACCUAUUCUACGGCAUCAUUGCCGCCUGCAACCCGUAUCUUCAGCGGCAGCUGACUCAUUACUAUGUGCCUCUCCAGCCGGACCACGUCGUAGCGUACGCACUUUACAAAUGGGCUUCUGGGGAAACCUUCGAUAGCGGGACGUCCUCAUUUGGGAUUGGCAGAGCCACUGACAUCACCAUUGUACGGGACGACGCUAGGGUCUUGUGGAACUCAUCAUUGUUCAAGCGGGCAGUAGCUGGAACUUUGUUCGACGUCGAGCCCAUCGUUCUUCCAAGAGGCGUUAGCACGAAGGGCUACCUUCUGGGUGACAACGGGUCUGAUCCAAAAACAUGGAUGGUUUUCCCUUACAGAGGAGUGGAGCAACAAUCAGACGUUGCCAUAUUCGAUGGGAAGCAGAAAGCAGCAAGGGGAGUGGUGGAGAGGGCAUUCGGGCGGCUGAAGGGAAUGAGGAGGCUAUUCCUUCGCCACCACAAGACGAAUAUGGAAAACAUGCCACAACAGUUUCCCGCUGUGUGCAUCUUCCAUAACUUGCUUAUUGAGGCGAGAAUCGACUUCGAUGAGAGGGUUCUUCUGGAACGGGACGCGGACGGUACCGAGCAGAUGGUGGACCUGGGAAUGUAUCCGCCGGCGGCACCUGUGCGACAAAGACGGGGGGACCCCGCAACUCUUGCCCUUAGGGAUGCGCUCCGCGCACGUAUGGCCAUUCUACCCCAUUGAGAGAGAGAGAGAGAGAGAGAGAGAGAGAGAGAGAGAGAGAGAGAGAGAGAGAGAGAGAGAGAGACAAUCAAUCCUUCCCGCAUCC